AUGGGUAGCUCUAAGAAAUCUAUUCGCUGUGCGAUAAGCUUUUUAAAAGGGCUGAUAACAAUAUGCAGUUUUAUCAGCUUGAUUUCCGGCUCUUUGCUGCUUGGAAUCGGAGUUUACUUGCUAAUGAUGAUUGCUCAGUUCAAGGAAGAGUUUUUGACGUUCGUCAAUGACCAAGUUUUGCCGUUUACGUUAAUAGGAGUUGGAAUUUAUAUUGCGAUUACGGCGACUACAGGGCUUUGUCUUGCUUGUAAUGUCCGGAAAGCGGUCGUGUACUGCCACAGUAUUCUAUCAGUAAUCGCGUUUACUAUUUUGGUUUCCGGGGGAGUACUUUUGCUGACCUUUGAGAAUUUGGUCGCGGAAGAACUUUCGAAUGGGCUUAUUCGCCAGAUGACAAACUACAGCCAAUUCACUUCCGAACCCGAGUUAAUAGACGAAAUCCAAGUGACACUUGGGUGCUGCGGAUCAGCUGGCGCUGGUGACUGGUUAAAGUACGGCGCGCAAAAUCCACCUGAUUCAUGCUGCUCCCAGGGACACAACUGUUGGACUCACUCGAAGCUUCAACACUUGCGAGUCCAAGAUGGAUGUGUGGAUAAAUUGCUCGGAGUCAAAAAUGAAGAAGUCGAGAACAGUCUUAUCGGCACUCCUUACGACAAUCUCAAUUACUUGAUCAUUGGGAUAUUAUCAUUUGCAUGCCUGGAAAUACUUGCAGCAAUACUUUCCUGCUGCGUUGGGCUCAAAGUUCACCAACUUAGACAUUUCUCUUAUCAUUCCGGGAAGAACUAA